UUUAAGGCAACGGAAAUUUAGUUUCCUUAUUCUAUAAAACAUCAAGGGAAAUGCGAUGGUUUUGGAACAAUCAGCAUUCUUACAUUCCGAACAAUCAUCAACAUCACAGGCCCAAAGCAGAUAGAAUGAAAAGAAUGUUAUUCAGAAGACAAUAGCAGUCGCCUGACCUGUUAUACUGAAUUCAUUAUCUAAGCGAUGAAUGUCCAUCUCCUCAUAGGUCAAUGUUAAGAUACAUGUUGAAAAUGGCUGGUGCAAGGGCGAAGGUUGAGAAGUUUGAGGUCGGAGUCAGUGGAAAAACAAAUGCUAUCUGGUCAAAUGGCGUUGACCAAAAUAGAAAGCUUGCUUGCAUCUUCGGCGAUAGUAUGAUAAGGGCCCUCAUGCAGAGAAAUCAUGUUCAAAAGUGGCCGUUCAUCAACGUCAUCAUUAGUUGCACCCCGGGAGCGACAUGUGCCCACUUGGAAAAAGAAAUUCAAAGCUUCAUCUAUCCCAAACGCCCCGAUGUCAUCAUCCUCCAAGUGGGUACCAAUAACAUCAAAAAAAGAGACUGGCAGAGAGCUCUGGCGGAAUCGAGAGACCAGUUUCGAAGGCUCGUUAAACGAAGCAAAGAUGUUUGUGAUGUAAGUACAUUUACGAUUUAUCUCUAGAGUUAUGGCCGUACGGGAUAUUUUGUUUCGA